GCCACAGUAGAUUAUGAUGUAAACAAAAAUUAAAUUUCCAACGAUAUUUUGCAUGCUAAAACGGUUUUUGGUUGUAAAUUUUUGAAAAAUCGUAUUUUUGUAUGUGAUUUUGUAAAAUUUAAAAUAUAAUUUCAUCUAACAUCGAAAGGAUGUCCGAUCCAGUGCUGCUCCGCCACCUCAAAGGGCACCGAAGUCGAGUAACGGGAAUUUCGUUCCACCCGGAAAGCAACCGGUUCGUGUCCGGCUCGACAGAUCACACGGCCAUCGUUUGGAACAUAAACGAACAGGUACGGUGCAUGCGCUUUGAAGCCCACACGGAUGUUGUGAACGACAUCUGCUGGUCGCCGGAUGGCCGGAUUGUGGCAUCGGCUUCCAAGGAUCGCACCGUCAAAAUCUGGGUCCCGUCGUUGAUGGGCAACUGUGACGAGUUUCGGGCGCACACGUCCAACAUCCGGUCGGUGGAUUUCGACUCAAAAGGGAAGAAGCUGAUUACCGCGUCGGACGAUAAGUCGGUCAAGUUGUGGAAGGUGUCGCGGAAGCAUUUCGUAUCCUCGUUUACCGGUCAUACCAACUGGGUGCGAUGUGCGCGGUUCAGCCCGAACGAUAAACUGAUAGCUUCGUGUGGGGACGACCGGGCGUUGAAGCUGUUCGAUCCACAGUCCGGACAGUGCGUGCACAGCUUCGUGGAUCAGAAGGGAGCGGGAAAUAAAGUCGCUUGGCAUCCGGAUGGAACGCUCGUGGCCAUUGCAUUGGACAAUGCCAGGGUCAAGAUUUUCGACAUCAAGAUUCGGAAGCUGAUCCAAUACUAUAGGAUCUUUGAGGGUUCAAUCAACUCGCUGGAUUUCCACCCUUCGGGAAAUUAUCUGAUCACUGGAAGUGAUGAUGGCGCGGUGAAGAUUAUUGAUCUAUUGGAAGGAAGGCACAUUUAUACGCUGACCGGCCAUACCGGACCAGUUACGGCGGUGAAAUUUGCGGCAAAUGGACAAGUGUUUGCAACCGGAAGCGAUGAUCGACAUAUCAUGAUAUGGAAGGCAAACUUCAAUGGAGAAUCGUCAGAAAAUUCGCUAUACUCGUCAGAGUGUAGUGACAUACAGUUGCAGCAGAAUAAUUCUCGGCCGAGGUUCCCGAUGCCCUCGAGUAAAAAACUCAGCUAUGAUUCUCACGGUACCGACGAAGACGAGGAAGUUCGGUUCAUCAAGGGUAAGGAAAACCAUCCGGAUACUAGCAUUCUGGUGGAUGCCAGAAAGACGGACAACUUCCACGUAACAGAUGUCCACGAGGUUAGCGAUUAGUUUUUCUUCAAUCCUUAUUCUCAUAUAUUAUGGUAUUUAAGCGUAAUCAUCGGUAAUUUUAAGGAAAUUGUAAUAAGACUGUGCCAGAAGCCUAACCUUCGCUGUCUGUCGGAAUCCUGCUUGAAUCCGUCCGCUGGCGGUAUUGGAUACGACUCCAGCAAAACUAGCUCCAACUUUGAAAAGCACGUCAUUCGAAAGCUGGGUCUGAUUGAGAGUGCUGUUUCAAGUCUCGAGAGGAGAGUUUCGCUUCUUGAAGAUGUUGUGCUCAAACGAAGCUGAGCAUUUGGUGGGAAGAUAUUUCGUUCGUUCUAUUUCUCUAUUGAAGCAAGUUUAUUUUUUAAUUGUGCAUAGUAUUGAACGAAUUUAUUUUAGUAGCAAUCAAAGGUCUAAUAGAAACCAGUCACAACACAUAAACCCUGUCGCAUUUACUAUAUAUUAAUAACCAUUUCUUGCUGGUUCAUUCGUUCGGAUGAAAUUAGCACAUAGUUACACAAUAUGCCUGCCCAAUUUGCGUUUGCGCUGCUACCUAUUCGUAACGUAAAAAUAAACUGGACUCAUUCCUCUCGUUGUCGCAAAAUAUCAAA